AUGAACGCCCUAAAGGUUAUGAAGAGAGCCGCGUACGAUAAACUAAUGGGGAUUGGGCCGGAAAAGUGGGCUCGUUCGAUGUGUCCUAUGCCUGUGCGACUGUACAGUUUUAUGACAUCAAAUGUUGUUGAAGCUUUUAAUGCGAGAUUGUUGUGGGCAAGAAGACUUCCUAUCUGCUCAAUGUUAGAGGCAAUCAGACUUGUUAUUGAGAAAUGGUUCAGCGAGCGACUAAGAGCUGCACAACAUAGCGAGGAACCCUUGUCUGCUGAGGCCGGUAAAAGGGUAGCGAUUGAAGUCCAAAAAAGUUGUCAAUACACUGCACAAAGGUUGAGUGGCCGGAAGUAUAAGGUGCAAACUGGUGACAGAAGCUUUAAGGUGGAUAUGGAGAAGAAAAAAUGCAAAUGUCGAGCAUUUCAUCUAGACCAACUGCCCUGUUCUCAUUUAAUCACUGCAAUAAGUGAAGCAGGUGAUACGAUCGCGGAGUAUGUAGACGCUUACUACACGAAUGAAUUUCUUAUCGAUAGUUACUCUGGCAAAGUUAAUAAUCUCCCGCCGAGACACCAGUGGUUGAUUCCUGAGUACAUCGCUGAGAGUGUUGUAUUACCUCUGACUGUCACUGGACAAUCGGGGCACCCAAAAGAAGGUAGACAUCAAGGUGGUGGUGAAGGCAGCAGCACACAAGUAGAUGAGUCUUCUAGUAUCAGGCGUCGUAAACCAAAGAAGUGCAGCAUCUGUGAUGAAGAAGGACACACUAAGAGAACGUGCGCUGGCAGGGCGACUGAGACCAGGGAGUAG